UAUCUUUCUGCAGAUCAUCAUGGACCGCCAAAGGUUAACUUGUGGGAAGACCCGCUCAGCCCUUCUAAAUGGAAGGAAGAGCAUUUCGUACUUGCUAGUUUGGGUGGUUGGGGUUUGCUGAUUUAUGGAGGAUUCAAACUUUUUGGUGGGAAGAAAGAAACGAAAGAAGAGGCUGUACCUGAAGCAAAGCAGUAGAGUAGUUAGCGCCAAGUUACUGUCGUUUUUGAUCUGUGAGUGCCGGGAAAUAAAGUUAACAAGUAAUAUGGUAAACCUAUGAAAUGGUUGUCCUUGUUAUGGUUCAUGAAGUUUGGGUAAUAUGUGCAUGACUUGAUUUUCCAUGUAAUUUCAAUGAGUACUUUAAUGCAAGGCAAGCAUAGUUCUUGCUGUAGAUCCCAAUUUUGAUUGAAUGCCAUAAAAGACUGUUACUAACUUUUGGAGUAGGUUUAUUUUUUAGCUAUCACCCUUCAUGCCAUGUUUCGUUAAAUUUUAUUGAAACAGUACACUACUCAUUA